AUGUUUACUUCCUUGGGGCUGGUGCUUGCUGUUCUCUCGCUAGGAGCCUGUGCCCCUCUGCAGGACAGAGGCAACCGCAGCAAAGUCCUGCUGGUCUCCUUCGAUGGCUUUCGGUGGAACUACGACCAGGAUGUGGAGACCCCCAAUCUGGAUGCCAUGGCGAGAGAUGGGGUCAAGGCACGUUACAUGACUCCUGCCUUCGUCACCUUGACCAGCCCAUGCCACUUCACCCUGGUGACUGGGAAGUACAUAGAGAAUCACGGCGUGGUUCACAACAUGUGGUACAACACCAGCACCGGCCAGAAGUUACCCUAUUACCACACACAGGGGGUCUCCGAGUGGUGGGACAACGGCAGCCUGCCCAUCUGGAUCACAGCCCAGAGACAGGGCUUAAAGGCGGGCUCCGUCUUCUUCCCUGGGGGGAAAGCAACCUACCAAGGUGAGCAGGUGAAUGUGAAGAAAGUGGAGUCCCUUUUCCACAAUUACAGCAAUGAAACUGAGUGGAUGCAGAACAUUGACAUGGUCAUGAACUGGUUCCUGGAAGACAAUCUAGACUUAGUCACUCUCUACUUUGGGGAGCCAGACUCCACUGGACACAAGUAUGGCCCUGAAUCCCAAGAGAGGAAAAACAUGGUCAGCCAGGUGGAUCGAGCUGUUGGCUACCUAAGGAGAAGCAUCAAGGAUAACGGCCUGGAGUCGACACUCAAUCUGAUCAUCACAUCUGACCACGGGAUGGAAACGGUCAUAAAGGAGAAUGAAAUUUACCUCCGUACAGUGCAGAACUUCUCCUUCCAAGACAUCCAGUUUGAACUCUUGGAUUAUGGACCAAAUGGGUUACUGGUGCCAAAAGCAAAUAAACUAGACCAGGUGUACCAGGCCCUGAAAAACGCCCACCCGAAGCUCCAUGUCUACAAGAAGGAAGAGUUCCCCAAGAGAUUCCACUAUGCAAACAACACCAGGCUCACUCCCCUGAUGGUGUACAGUGACCCCGGAUAUGUGAUCCAUGGGAGAAUCAAAGUCCAGUUUAACAAGGGGGAGCAUGGCUUUGACAAUGAAGAUAUGAACAUGAAAACCAUCUUCCGGGCCGCGGGACCAGCCUUCAGGAAGGGGCUGGAGGUGGAGCCGUUUGAGAGCGUGAAUAUCUAUCCCCUCCUCUGCAACCUGCUGGGGAUCACCCCUGAGCCACAUGACGGGUCCCUGAGCGUCAUGCAGCCCAUGCUGUCCGAUUACUCCGAUCCUGGGACAGGAUCUGGUGCUGUCUCCACUCACCCCAAGCAGCUGCAGAUGGUGGUGGGAAUUGCCAUGGUGCUGGGACUCUGGCUUGGGAUAUACUAA